AUGACAAGCUCCAGCAGGAUUCCCUGCCCACCACGGCCAGCAGUCGGGGCCUUACGGCAGAAGACCACGGUCCUCCAGUGGCUGCUGCUGUGCUGCCUCUCCCUGCCUCUCACACAGGCUCAGCCCAAGAUUCCUCUGGAAACAGUCAAGCUAUGGGCAGAUACCUUCGGUGAGGAAUUGUAUACCAUUGUGACCAAAUACUCGGGCUCCCUCUUGCUGCAGAAGAAAUACAAGGAUGUGGAGUCCAGUCUGAAAAUCAAGGAGGUGGAUGGCUUGGAGCUGGUGAGGAAGUUCUCAGAAGACAUGAAGAACAUGCUUCGGAGCAAAGUGGAGGCUGUCAAGAGGCUGGUGGAGGCUGCUGAGGAGGCUGACCUGUACCAUGAAUUCAACAAGUCUCUGGUGUUUGAUUAUUACAACUCAGUUCUGAUCAACGAGAAGGAUGAGAACGGCAACUUCGUGGAGCUGGGAGCCGAGUUCCUCCUGGAAUCCAACGCACACUUCAGCAACCUGCUGGUGAACACCUCAAUCAGCAACGUGCAGCUGCCCACCAAUGUGUACAACAAAGACCCUGAUAUUUUAAAUGGAGUCUACAUGUCUGAAGCCUUGAACCCUGUUUUUGUGGACAACUUCCAGAGAGACCCAACAUUAACCUGGCAAUAUUUUGGCAGCUCGACUGGAUUCUUCAGAAUCUAUCCAGGUAUCAAGUGGACACCUGAUGAGAAUGGAGUCAUUACCUUUGAUUGCAGAAACCGUGGCUGGUACAUACAGGCUGCUACGUCUCCCAAGGACAUAGUGAUUUUGGUGGACGUGAGCGGCAGCAUGAAAGGGCUGAGGAUGGCUAUCGCCAAGCACACGGUCUCCACCAUCUUGGACACGCUGGGAGAGAAUGAUUUUGUUAAUGUCAUUGCGUACAAUGACUAUGUCCAUUACAUCGAGCCCUGCUUUAAAGGGGUCCUUGUCCAAGCAGAUCAAGAUAACCGAGAGCAUUUCAAACAGCUUGUGGAGAAGCUGAUGGUCAAAGGUGUGGGGAUCGUGAACCAAGCCCUGAGUGAAGCCUUUGAGAUCCUCAAACAGUUCCAAGAGGCCAAGCAAGGAAGCCUCUGUAACCAGGCCAUCAUGUUGAUCACCGAUGGUGCCGUGGAGGACUAUGAGCCAGUGUUUGAGAAGUACAACUGGCCAGAUCGCAAGGUUCGAGUUUUCACCUACCUCAUCGGGAGAGAGGUGACUUUUGCUGACCGCAUGAAGUGGAUCGCAUGCAACAACAAAGGCUACUACACACAGAUAUCUACGCUGGCAGAUGCCCAGGAGAACGUGAUGGAGUACUUGCAUGUGCUCAGCCGCCCCAUGGUCAUCAACCACGAUCAUGACAUCAUCUGGACAGAAGCCUACAUGGACAGCAAGCUCUUCACCUCACAGGCAAAGAACUUCUUGCUCCUGACAACUGUGGCCAUGCCAGUCUUCAGCAAAAAGAAUGAAACAAGAUCUCAUGGAAUCCUUCUGGGUGUAGUAGGCUCUGAUGUGGCCCUACGAGAACUGAUGAAGCUGGCACCUCGGUACAAGCUAGGAGUACAUGGAUAUGCCUUCAUGAACACUAACAAUGGCUACAUUCUCUCACACCCUGACCUCCGGCCGUUGUACAGAGAGGGGAAGAAACUGAAGCCCAAACCAAACUACAACAGUGUGGAUCUCUCUGAAGUGGAAUGGGAAGACCAAGCUGAAAUGCUGAGAACAGCCAUGAUCAAUGGAGAAACUGGUUCUCUGUCUAUGGAAGUGAAGGUGCCACUGGACAAAGGGAAGCGAGUCCUUUUCAUGAUCAAUGAUUACUUCUUCACACACAUCAAUGACACACCUUUCAGUUUGGGAGUGGUGCUGUCCCAAGGCCACGGAGAAUACAUCCUUCUGGGAAACACAUCAGUGGAAGAAGGCCUUCAUGACCUGCUGCACCCGGACCUGACCCUGGCCAGUGAGUGGAUCUACUGCAUCACCGAUAUCGACCCAGAUCACCGGAAACUCAGCCAGCUGGAGGCCAUGGUCCGCUUCCUGACAAGGGAAGACCCAGAUUUGGAGUGUGAUGAAGAGCUGGUGCGAGAGGUGCUGUUUGACGCAGUGGUGACCGCUCCCAUGGAGGCCUACUGGACCGGACUGGCUCUCAAUACCUCUGAAGACUCCGAGAGUGUGGUGGACAUGGCGUUCCUGGGCACGCGGGCUGGCCUUCUUAGAAGAGGCUUGUUUGUGGGCUCUGAGAAAGUCUCUGACAAGAAGUUCCUAACUCCUGAAGACAAGGCCAGCAUAUUCACCAUGGACCGCUUCCCUCUGUGGUACCGCCAGGCUGCUGAGCAGCCGGCUGGCAGCUUUGUCUUCAAUCUCCGCUCCACAGAAGCCCCAGAAAGUCCAGGCCAGCCAGCAGUAGUAACAGUGAGCACAGCUGUGUCCGUGACCGUGGACAAGAAGACAGCCAUUGCUGCAGCGGUGGGCAUCCAGAUAAAGCUGGACUUCCUCCAACGCAAAUUAUGGGCAGCGACACAAAAGUGCAGUGGUGAGGAUGAGCCAUGCCCAACAAGCUGCCAGGACAGUGAUCUGGACUGCUUUGUGGUCGACAACAAUGGCUUCAUCCUGAUCUCAGAGCGGCCUCAAGAGACAGGAAGAUUUCUGGGGGAGGUGGACGGUGCUUUCAUGACCCAACUGCUAAGCAUGGGGGUGUUCAGCCAAGUGACCAUGUACGACUACCAGGCCAUGUGCAAGCCCCCAAAUCACCACCACAGCGCAGCACAGUCCCUGACCAGUCCAAUCCGGGCCUUCCUGACUGCUACUAGGUGGCUGCUGAAUGAGCUCUUGCUGUUCCUGCUGGAGUUGGGCGCCUGGGGCACAUGGCAUGCAGACAGCGGGGCUGAGGCCAAAACCGUUUUCCAUCACUCCCACAAACACAAGAAACUGGACAUGCUGCAGCCCUGUGACACAGAGUACCCCGUGUUUGUGCACCAAACGGCCAUCCAGGAGGCCAAUGGGAUUAUUGAGUGCGGGAUCUGUCAGAAGAUUUUUGUGAUGCAAAGGAUCCCCAACAGUAACCUUCUCCUCCUGGUGACAGACUCCACGUGUGAUUGUAGCAUCUUCCCUCAAGUCCUACAAGAGGCUACAGAAGUGAAAUAUAACACCUCUGUCAAAUGUGAUAGGAUGCGCUCCCAGAAGCUGCGCCAGCGACCAGAUACCUGCCACGCUUUCCAUCCAGAGGAGAACGCCCAGGACUGCGGCGGCGCCUUGGCCGUCUCAGCUUCGCUCUCCCUGCUUCUACUGCUCCUGUGCUCUUGGGCAUCACUGCUCCAGCUUCUGCGGUGA